AUGUCACUCGGUCAACUCACCGUCGACGUCAACGCCCACAAGUCUAGUACCACCCAUCAAGGCUCACCGCUGGACCAAAUCACCGAAGGAAUCCACCAUCCAGUCUCCAUCACCAGAAGCUGGCCAAAUCUGAGGUUGGUGGUUCGAGCCCACCCGGGAGCGUAA